CGAGCGAAGACUUGGACAAGAAGGACGAUUCGUCGGAUCUGUCCGAUCCCGAGGACGACGAGGACGAUGACAUUGGCGAGAUUGAGCCGGAUCACUACUGGGGUGAUGGCAAGAUUCCUGUCUUCAAGCCGGUAUGUAGCGGUGUUGGCCUCGGCUGGGUUCCCGCAAGAGUGCGCGACCGUUCGCGGGAGCUUCACAAUAAAAUAUACUGCUAUCUGGACGAUAUGCGGGAGUUCAGACGCUUGGUACUGACCUUGUCCGCAGAACAUGGCUCAAUUUCGGAGCUUCCCAAAGUUUAUCGAUAAAGUAAACAAGUACGGCAUGAAGUCGGGUAUAGCAAAGGUCAUCCCGCCUCAGGAAUGGACCGGCUCCCUUCCUGACCUCACCGAGAUGGUCAAGACUAUCAAGGUUAAAAACCCAAUUACUCAAGAGUUCGCCGGGCAAUUUGGACAGUACACACAGGCAAACAUUGAGAAGCAACGGUCCUACAAUCUUCCGCAGUGGAAGGCUCUCACCGAAGAACACAAUCACCAGCCGCCUGCUAAGCGCGGAGAGAGACGUCGUGGCGAGCCUGCGUCGAAACCUCGUCCAAGCCGGAGUGCGGCCACUGCGACCACGACGUCCAAUGCAGAUGGAGCUAAGCGCAGACCUGGAAGACCGCGCAGAGGUCCUGCGAAGGAUGUCAAAGAAGAAGAGAAGCCUGCCGAAGACAGCCUGGAUGAAGGAAGCCAGCUGCAAGUUCCGCCCACGCCUACGUCACCCGAGUCGAAGCCAACGCCAGCUACUUCUUCCGCAAAGGGGGGCAAAGCAAAGCGGAUCAAGAAAGAGGAAGGCACUCCGACAAAGGGACGUCAGCCCAAAUCCAUCUCGUCGCGGCGUAUGAACAAUCGACGCGAUGUUUCCGACUACGUGGAUGAGGCUGCAUUUGAAGGCUUCAACUACAGACUUGAAAACGUCGACGAGUACACACCGGAGCGCUGUGCAGAGCUCGAGGAGAACUACUGGCGUACUCUGAACUACGGUUCGCCGAUGUACGGAGCUGACAUGCCUGGCUCUCUCUUCGACGACUCGACCACGACCUGGAAUGUAGCCAAACUGGAGAAUUUACUCGACGUUCUAGGCACGAAGGUGCCGGGAGUGAAUACGGCCUAUCUCUACCUGGGCAUGUGGAAAGCGACCUUCUCCUGGCAUCUCGAGGACAUGGAUCUCUACAGCAUCAACUACAUUCACUUCGGUGCACCAAAGCAGUGGUACAGCAUAUCGCAAGCCGAUGCCCGGAAGUUCGAGAAUGCCAUGCGGAGCAUCUGGCCGAAUGACGCAAAGAACUGCUCACAGUUCUUGCGCCACAAGACGUAUCUCAUCUCUCCUGCCGCCCUGGAAAAACAGCACGGAAUCAAGGUCAACAAGCUGGUCCACUACGAGGGAGAAUUCGUCAUCACGUAUCCAUAUGGUUAUCAUUCCGGCUACAAUAUUGGUUACAACUGUGCGGAGUCUGUGAAUUUCGCUACAGAGGAGUGGCUGAACUAUGGUCGGAUCGCGAAGAAGUGUGACUGCGAGGCAGAUAGUGUGUGGGUCGAUGUUGCAGAGAUCGAACGCAAGCUUCGAGGCGAGCCGACACCUGAAUAUAUUGAGAUGACUGAUUCGGAAGACGAGGACGACGGCGCUCACGAUCUGCCGAGUCCGCCCGCAAGUGUUUCUGGUGGUAAAUCGAAGGGACCUCCGCGGAAACGUAAGCGAGAUGUCAAGGGCAAAGACGGUCCUGGGCCGAAGAAGAAGAAGCUGCGGCUUCGAAUCAAGGUGCCCUCUAGAGAGCCUUGCAUUCUCUGUCCGAACGAUGUUGUCUUUGAUGAUCUCCUGCCAACUGACAACGGCAAACAGGCGCAUAGGUCUUGUGCGCUGUACACGCUCGAGACGUUCAUCACAGAGCCGCCCAACGAAAAGGUCUGCAAUGUCGCCGGCAUUGACAAGGCUCGAUUGGAUCUCAAGUGUAAUUACUGUCGCUCGAAACGCGGUAGUUGCUUCCAAUGCGACCACAAGAAGUGCACGAGAGCAUAUCACGCAACCUGUGCACAGGCUGCUGGGGUGCAGAUCGACACCGGGAACAUGCCCUACUUUGACGACGACGGCCAAGAAUACUUCUACGAGGGCACGGACUUCCGAUGUCGCUUCCACCGCCCGAAGCGACAAAAGCAAGCAGAUUCUGAGAGUCUGGAGAACAACAAGUUUGUUGCAAACUACGCCAAGGGUCUCAAAGUGAAGGACGUCGUCCAGGUGCAGUAUCUGACUGGUGAAGUGUUUGCUGGCACGGUGGUGGAGAAUCGAUUAAGCGAAGGCACUCUCUUGAUUGAUGUCGUUCCUGCAGGUGAUCGAAUCGAAGUUGAGCACAAGUACUUACUUGCGCUUGAUCCCGCCGACUCCCUGCGACCGAAGCCUUCCUCCAACGCGAAGCCCUUACCAGAUCAUCUUACUAACAAGAACGCCGAACUAAGCGAGAAGAGUCGGCCCGAAGGCGUGCCUGAAAAGGGCGAUCCGUUCAUGGAUCCCAACUGCGAGCACAAAUGGGACGAGUUCAAUCGCUGCGAAGAAUGGGAACGGAACAAGUUUCAGGCCAAGGUCGACUUCUCGAAGCCGGAGCAGAUCUGGCACUACCUUCCGAAGAAAUCCACGGAAGCACGGCCACAAUACACCGAGGACCCGGCAAAGCCACGCUACAACAUCAGGAGUAAUUUCUUGGACACGGUCAAGCCUGCACCGGCGGCGCCAGCGUACAUGCAGCAGAAGACGACUCUGUUCAAGCCUCGACAGUCGUACACGGCAUCGUAUCCGGCUGGUGCUAAUGUGAAUGCACUCAACGGCGCGAUGGCUGCGCAGCGGCAGAACGCACCGGGCUAUCACGUGUAUCAGUACGCUCAACAGUCCCAACAAGGGUCUGGUGCUCAGUCUGUGUACGCGCAGUCUCUCCCGUUUACGAGUCAACAGCAACAGCAGCAACAUCACCAGCAGCAAUACAGACAGCAACAGGAGCAGCAGCAGCAGCAGCAACAACAACAGUCUUCUCAACGUGCUAUCCAAGCAAAGCCGAGUACAUAUCCGCGUAUCGACAUGAACGCUCCUCCGCCUCCACAUCGCGAGUACCGCGCCGGGCUACAGCAAUCCCAUUCGCCCACGGCCAUGUCACCUACCGGCUCUACUCGUUCGCUACUGUCGGAUCGAGAUCGACCAUCGAUGCCUAGUGUUGACAAGAAGGACUCGCCGUACCAGUGGUACCACCAGUACUAUCAGCCACGGUCAUCUGAGAAGAACAACUAUGUUGCGAACCCGUAUGCACUACCGAGGAGACUUUCAGGUCAAACGGCGGGCCAGUCAAGCCCAUCUCAGGCGUCGCAGUCGUCGUAUCUCCCGCCAAAUACGACUACAGAAGAAUACCUUGCUCAUCUGAAGAUCUAUCCUUAUCUCCUGAAUUGCUACUUGCGACGACCCAAGGCGUACGUGUCGCCAUACGCAAUCGGUGGAGGGUUCACUCAGGAGUGGCAGCCGCUCAAGGUGCACGAGAAGGCGAAUCCUGACGGCCAUCGUUAUCAAGCAUACCAAUCGCCAUAUGCACGGCAGCCCAGUCGACCGGGCAGUUCCCACACGGGUGUUGCCAGCAACAGCAUGUACCCAUCCGGCCGUCCCACCGGCUUGCUCUUCCAGUCUCCAUAUCAAUUUCAACAGGAUGUGGCGAGAGGCUCCGCAAUCCACCAGCAACAGCACCGCGGGAUUGAGAAGUUGGCCCAGGGCCUGAAUCAUCCUCUACCCUACCAGAUAUCCGGCGGUGCGUCGCAUGGUCCGCAGUCUUACCAUGCCCGCAGUUCCAGCGCUGGACAGACGAUGCCGUGGACGUACACAAGUCCGGGCAUAGCUCCUCCUCCUCCCCGGCCGGCGCAAGCACAGCCUCCUCCUCCUUCGUCUUCUUCCUCUUCUUCUUCUACCACGCAGCCCAAUAAUUACUCGUUCAAGAACUGGUCGUCCACCAAGCAGCAACAGCCGACGACUACGACCGCAGCACCAGCACCCGCACCAUCUCCCUCUCAAGCGCAACCCCAAUCGCAAACGCAACCACACGAACAGGCGCGGCUGCAGGAAAGCAUCAAUUACGCGACGCCGACGCGGCCCACAGCUACCAGUCCGAAUGGCGCGCGCACGGGCAAGGAGAGUCCUGCAAGACCUGAGUAUAGUCCGAUUAGCGACUUUGGAAAAAAGUCGCCGCUCAAGAAUCCCGGUGGUGCGGAGACGUGGCGGUAUGUCUGAGGAUGAUGGGGGAUGGUGGUACUUGAGGACGGCGGCAUGGAAGCAGGGAAAGGAAGGGAAGAGAGCGACAUGGAAGAGAGCGGCAUGGAAGCAGGGAAAGGAAGGGAAGAGAAGGAGGGAUGGAAAGGAAAAAAAGGCAAACCAAAAAAAAUCAACCCGAAAAAGAAAAUAAGCAGGUUAUACAG